AUGAAGAGAAAGGACAAGGUAAAAGAAAGAGACAAAAAUUUGCGCGAGAAAGGGAAGAUGAACACGUGGAUUAUGCCGGUGAUAGCGGAGAAUGGCAACUGUCGGCGACCCCUUAAUACCUCUCACAUGACAAGACAUCCAAACCUCCUCAAAAAGGGAACAAGGUUCGUUGUUAAUGGGUGCUUCUUGUCACAAGAUGUGAGUGAGCUCAGGUGGGUCCAGGGCUCCAACCGUGAGCUUUGA